AUGGCCGUGGGUUUCGCUGGCGGCGGCGAGGACCAGAGGCAGUACGGCGGGAGGGUCACCGCGUUCGCGGCGCUCUCAUGCAUCACGGCGGCCAUGGGCGGCGCCAUCUUCGGCUACGACAUCGGCACCGCGGGCGGGGUGUCGUCCAUGGAACCGUUCCUGAGGGACUUCUUCCCGGACGUGCACCGGCGGAUGCAGGCCGGCGCCGGCGUCGGCAACUACUGCAAGUUCGACAGCCAGCUCCUCACGCUCUUCACCUCCUCGCUCUACGUCUCGGGGCUCCUCACGGCCGUGCUCGUCGCGUCGUGGUUCACGGAGAGGCACGGGCGCCGGCCGUCCGUGAUCCUCGGCGGCGUCGCGUACCUAGGCGGCGCGGCGGUCAGCGGGGGCGCCGUCAACGUCUACAUGGCCAUCCUUGGCAGGGCGCUGCUCGGCGUCGGCCUUGGGUUCGCCAAUCAGGCAGUGCCACUGUACCUGUCGGAGAUGGCGCCGGCGCGAUACAGGGGAGCCUUCAGCAACGGCUUCCAGUUCAGCCUCUGUCUCGGGGCUCUCGCCGCCACCGUCGUCAACUAUGGCGCCGAGAAGAUCAAGGCUGGCUGGGGCUGGAGGCUCUCGCUGGGCCUAGCCGGCGUCCCCGCCGUGCUGCUCAUCGUCGGCGCGAGCUUCCUGCCGGAGACGCCCAACAGCCUCGUCCAGCAAGGCAAAGGCCGUGGCGAGGUGAAGGCGCUGCUCCAGAAGAUCAGAGGCAUAGACGCCGUCGACGAAGAGCUGGACGACAUCGUCGCCGCCAACGCAAUGGGACAGGCCGGCGACAACGGCCUGCGCCUCAUCCUGUCGCAGCGACGGUACCGCCCGCAGCUUGCCAUGGCCGUCCUCAUACCGUCCUUCACGCAGCUCACCGGGAUCAACGCCAUCGGCUUCUACGCGCCGGUGCUGCUGCGCACCAUCGGCAUGAGCGAGAGCGCGGCGCUGCUCUCCACCAUCGUCAUGGUCAUCGUCUCCUCCGCGUCUACCUUCGCGUCCAUGCUCCUCGUCGACCGCUUCGGGAGACGCACGCUCCUCGUCCUCGGCGGCGUCCAGAUGUUCCUCUCCGAGGUGCUCAUCGGCGCCAUCAUGGCCGCGAAGCUCCGCGACGAGGGCCAGGUCAGCAGGACCUACGCCGUCGUCCUCAUCUUCCUCAUCGGCGUCUACUCCACCGGCUUCGGCUGGUCCUGGGGCCCGCUCAGCUGGCUGAUACCGAGCGAGAUCUUCCCGCUGGAGGUCCGGUCCGCCGGGCAGAGCAUCACCGUGGCGUCGGGCUUCGUGUUCACCAUCCUCGUCGCGCAGUACUUCCUGGCCAUGCUGUGCCGCUUGAAGGCGUGGCUGUUCUUCUUCUUCGCCGGGUGGAUUCUGGUCAUGACGGCGUUCGCGCACCUCUUCUUGCCGGAGACCAAGGGGAUGCCCAUUGAGCAGAUCGGGAACCUGUGGGGGAAGCACUGGUACUGGAAGAGAGUUGUGGGGGUUGACCAAGUACACGACGGUCAGAAGCUCUGA